AUGCCGACCACUAAGUCGGCUAUUGCCGAUGACAACUCGGCACCAGAUCUGGAAAUCUCCAACCGAAACUUGACAAUCCAUCCAUCGGGCUUCACUGGAGGUCCAGAAACACACGAUGAUGAAGUCACCGAACGCAACCUUGUCCGCCAUAUGGCUCGAUUUCGCGAGAACCCCUUGGAUUUCCUGCGAGAAGUGAGCCUGUACAUGUCAGGUACGGGCUGGCGUGCAUAUGACGAACCUAUCGGCCAGCCAAUUUUCUACUCCGGUUUCUCGGAAAGGAUGAAGACUUCCAUAUUGGGCAGCCCGCUUCUGCAAAACAAAAUCACUGAAUUGGCCAAUCGUCGACUCAUAGUCGAAGAGAAGAAAGGAUUGCUGGCAAUCAACGAGGGUAUAACUCUGGACGACAAACGGGCCCGUCGCCGGACUGAGAUUGAAGGUAAUCUUCAGGAAGUUGUGGAUACAAUGAUGGAAAACAUGAUUUGCAAGAUGGAGAGCAAGCCGUUUAUUCGGGGUGCUUAUUAUAUGUGCACACAGCUCUUGACUCGUGCUUAUCAUCAAGGUAUCCAUGUAUCUAGCGAGGAAGUCUUGCGUCUAAGAUCUGUAGCCGAAACUGCCGCCAAGAAGAAGCAGUCGAUCGUUUUCCUGCCUUGCCACAAGUCCCAUGUGGACUACGUCUCACUGCAAAUUAUUUGUUACCGUAUCGGCAUUUCUCUACCGGUCAUCGUUGCGGGCGACAAUCUGAACAUCCCGUUGCUGGGUUCUUUCUUACAACACGCAGGCGCUAUGUGGAUUCGGCGGAGCUUUGGAAAUGAUCCUUUGUACAAUACUGUCGUACAAGCUUAUAUCGAUACUCUCCUCCAACAGGGCUUCAAUUUCCAAUGCUUCAUUGAAGGUGGUCGCUCCAGAAUUGGAAAACUCCUUUCACCAAAGUUUGGAAUAUUGAGUUUCAUCAUGGACAGUCUAUUGUCAGGUCGGGUUGAAGAUCUCAUUAUCUGUCCUGUCAGCACCCAAUACGACAAAGUCAUUGAGACUGAAUCAUACAUAAGCGAGCUUCUUGGCCAACCGAAGGCAAAGGAGAACUUAGCUGAUUUCAUUUCUUCGUCCUCGGUCUUGUCCCUGAAGCUAGGCCGAGUUGAUGUUCGUUUCCACGAGCCAUGGAGUCUCCGAGACUUCAUUGGUCAGCAGCUUACCCGACUGGAUCGCCCCAGCACCGACAUCAAUAAUAAACUUAGCUAUAGUGAUCGAGGCCGCAUUUUAAGAACAUUCGGUUACCGGGUUCUGUCCGAUAUCAACGACGUGUCUGUGAUGAUGCCAACUGCCCUCGUGGGGACCGUACUGUUGACCUUACGCGGCCGCGGAGUUGGAAAAACCGAAUUAGUACGCCGGCUGGACUGGCUCUGCGAGCGGGUGCGAGGCAAAGGUGGCAGGGUCGCACACUUCUAUCGCUCACCAACGGAGACCGUGGUUGACCGUGCACUUGAAGUCUUAGGACCUAAACUCGUUGGUGUGAUUUCAGGCUUAGUCGAGCCAACUUACUAUGCGGUGGAUCGUUUCCAACUUUCCUUUUACCGCAACAUGCUCAUCCACCUUUUUAUCACAGAAGCGCUGGUUUCCGUGGCUAUGUACACAAAGAUCAAGCAAGGUGGCGGACCUGCCAAUCAAAGAAUCACCUACGAGGAUCUGAAGAAACAGGUUUCAUUCCUAUCUCAGCUUUUCCGCGGUGAAUUCAUUUUCCCGCCUGAGGGCUUAGCUAACAAUUUCGAUAAAACUUUGCGUGGGCUGGAGAAGGACGAUGUGAUCAAGAUCACGCGUGAUGAGUCUACCACACCAAUCUACAUUGAGUUGAGCGAGUCUGAGCGACUAUGUGGUCGCGAGAACUAUGAUUUCUACUGCUUCUUGAUCUGGCCUUUCAUCGAGGCCUCCUGGCUUGGCGCAGUGUCCCUUCUUGGACUGACGCCCCCUCUCGAUGGUCCAGAGGAAGUUUGGAUCGAUUCAAAGAAAGCACAGGAUAGUGCUCAGAUCCUCGGUAAAACAUUGUACCACCAAGGUGAUCUCUCCUACUUCGAGGCUGUCAACAAAGAGACCCUCAAGAAUUCUUACCAACGGUUCGAAGAGGAGGGAAUUAUCUUGGUUGCGAAGAACAAGGGAUCGCGUGUCGGUCCGUCUCUCAGGCUGGCUCCUGAAUGGGUACCCCAGCGUGAUACGAGUACUGGGAAGGUUCUGGAUGGCGGUCGACUGUGGGACUUUGUUGAAUUGAUUGCACAGUCCCGUCGCGAGGGCAAAAACCGUCGGGACGGUGCAACUGUUUCCUCGCGUGUGCUUACCAUGUCUGAUCUUGUUGGGCGGAAGCUCUUUCAAAAUGCCGCAGCUCCUGUGCCAGCUGAUGUAUCGUCGCGGCAAAUGCGCCGGAAUGCAAUUGGAACUGAAGCAAAGCUCUAA